AUGGCUCGGGCUAGGGAAGAAGCAAGGGACAGCCAGCUGGUGUCUGGUAGGGAGCCGACAUCACGCAUCAUCAGAGUGUCAGUCAAGACCCCACAGGACUGCCAAGAAUUUAUGCUGGCAGAAAAUAGCAGUGUCCACCACUUUAAGAAACAGAUCUCCAAACGCCUUCACCAUGACACUGACCGAUUGGUGCUCAUCUUCACUGGAAAGAUCCUCCGAGACCAAGACAUACUGAGCCAGCGCGGCAUCUUUGAUGGCACUACGGUCAACUUAGUGGUGAGAACCCGUCUGAAAGGAACUCUGCCUGGUCCUGGAACUCUUCCAGGCCCUACUGACCACUGCAUGCAUCACUCUGAACCCUCCACCUCGGAGAGCGCUGGGAUGCUGGCCAGGCUGGGCCGGCUGGCCCAGAGCUCACCUGAGCUGACUGACUUUCUUGGCCAGCUGGCUCAACUCCUAACGGCUGCACCUGAGUCAGUGGUGCAGUUCUUGGAAAACCCUGUGAUUCAAGGCCUGGUCAAUGAGAAACCAGCCAAGGCCAGACAAGCUCCCGAAUCCUCAAGGCAGAAUCCUCAGAAACCUGAGCCAACUCUUAAGGCUCUGGAAACCUUGCAGAACCCAGCCCGGCAACAAGAGCUCCUGCAGGCAAAUAAACAGGAUCUAGAGGCAUUGACGGCAGUGCCAGGUGGUGACAAUGCUAUGCGUCCAGUCUGCUCUGAUAUCCAGCAGUUCAUGCUCUUCACUCUGGCCCCCCUGGUUGCCUCCAAAGGCCAAAACCCAGCUUCAGAGCUUUGCAAAGAGGAGGCCAAUGCUCACAGCAGUACUGACACUACCACCACCAUCCCCACAGCCUCAGCACCUGCCAGGCCAUUGACCCAGAAGGUCAGGGCAGGACAAGCUACCCAGGCCAGGAGCAUGGCCUCAAAUCAGACCCAUUCAGGAUGUGGGCCUAGAAUGCCAGAUAUAAACUCAGGCCACAAUCUUCUCUCUCAGGAGAGCCAGCAGCCCAUAGGGAAAGCCACUUUAACCAGUCAGCUGAGACCCUCGCCCUCUGCCUUGCGUAAAGCCUUGCAUGUCCUACAGCAGAAUCCAGCUCUGCUACACCAGUUGGCAAGUGGAAGCCCCCUACAACACUAUCUGCCACUACUUCCCAUCCUGACCAACCCUCGAGCGCUGCAGGCCUUGAUACAGAUAGAAAAGGGCCUGCAGAUACUGUCCAAGGAGGUGCCUGGGCUGGGACCUUGUUUGUGGGGCCCAGGUAGGGGAACUAGAGAACCGCCUGAGACUAGGGGUGGAGGGCAGGGUCAGAGAGCAGGCUCUGUGCAGUCCACCUGGGCUGUUCUUCAGCUUCUCCAUGCACUAGCCAAUGCCAGUUCUCAGUCCACACAAUCCUCACUAUCCUCAUUCUCCCUCCCUGAAGGCUGCUUCCAGCAAGAACUGGAGCAUCUGAAGGCCAUGGGUUUUGCUAACCAUGAUGCCAAUCUACAGACCCUCAUGGCCGUGGGAGGAGACAUUCAGGUUGCCAUUGAGAGGCUACUGGGGCUACCAGAGGCCCAGGUCCCACCAACUGAUGCCUACAGUAGAGGUGAUUCACAGUGUAGGCACAUGAAGUGUGACCCAGAGCACCAGGGGCUGUAUGAAACCAUGCAACAGGAUACCACCUGA